AUGACGGGCGGAAAGGCGAUAGAGGGCGGAAUGACGGGCGGAAAGGCGAUAGAGGGCGGAAUGACGGGCGGAAAGGCGAUAGAGGGCGGAAUGACGGGCGGAAAGGCGAUAGAGGGCGGAAUGACGGGCGGAAAGGCGAUAGAGGGCGGAAUGACGGGCGGAAACGCGAUAGAGGGCGGAAUGACGGGCGGAAACGCGAUAGAGGGCGGAAUGACGGGCGGAAAGGCGAUAGAGGGCGGAAUGACGGGCGGAAAGGCGAUAGAGGGCGGAAUGACGGGCGGAAAGGCGAUAGAGGGCGGAAUGACGGGCGGAAAGGCGAUAGAGGGCGGAAUGGGAGGGGGAGAUGGUGGAAGAGGGCGGAAUGACGGAAAGGGAGGGGGAAAGGCGGUAGCGGGCGGAAUGGGAGGCGGCAUGGGAGGCGGACAGGCGGUAGAGGGCGGAAUGGGGGGGUGGAAUGGCGAUAGAGGGCGGAAUGGGAGGGGGAAAGGCGGUAUAGACCAGAAUGAGAUGCAAAACGGCGGGUCCGGGAGGAAUGAGAUGGCUUUACAUAUGGGGAAGGGAGGUGAGGUCAGAUGGGGAAUGGAGGUAAGGUCAGAGGGGGAAGGGAGGUUAUGCCAUAAGGGGGAGGGAGGGUGGUUCCGUGGGGGAAGGGAGGUGAUGUCAGAGGGGGGAGGGCUGUAA